AUGAGCGACGAAACCUACGAAGUUCCCAUCAUGCUGAGCCCUGAUAUCCAUCUCUCCUAUGAGGAUAUCGCCAAGCUCAAUCCCUUCUAUGAGAAGUACCGGGAAUUCUGGAACACCUCUCCUGAUACCACGGCCACCACACUCUCUUCUCUGGAUACUUCGUCCAGAUCCCCUUCUUUGCAGUCGGUUCAUGCUAGCACUGUUGCACCACCGUCUCCUCUUGAUAUCUCAUCUUCUCCUUCACUGCACUGCGCCGAGCCUUGUCCUGGUCCUCACCUUGCCGCAAAGCUCGAUGUCCCUCUGCAUAAAGGGAUUCAGCGCAAGCCAUCUGUUAGAGUCUACGACGAGGAUAUUGCCUCAAGUCAGCAAGCCACUUUUGUGCUUGAAGGGUACAGCAACCACUCCCUGUCGCCUGUGAACGAAGCAAUGGAGAUGUGUAAUUUCCAUUCGAUUGAUCGUCAUCACUUCGGCGACUCGAUUCAACAAGUGAGAUCCUCUCACAAAAAGCUUUUCGGAACAAAUGGCUGGCUUGGCCACGCCGAUGACUUUAACACUGCGCCCCUCAAGAGACAAAAGUCGAAGAUCUUCCGAGAUUUCGGAAAGAAGAUCAAGCAUCAUGUGGGAGAGAUUGCUGAGGAUUUGAAGGCUUACCCAAAGGCAUUCGCUGGUGCACCACGGGGGCCAAGAAUCGUUCCUGAGUCGGCAGUUCCCAUCUCUCUGGACCCUCCUACACAGGCCAGACUGUACUCGGAGAUGGAAGUUAUGAUCUGCGUGACCGCAAACACAUUCCUCGUUCGACAAUACGAAGCCGGCCGUAUCUCAGAGGAAUCAAUCAAAAAGGUUACCAACUUCUGGGGCUCCAAGAACAGGCCUCAGGUCGUCGAAUUUCAGUUCGACCAGGCCACUCAGCGUCGACUGAUCUUGUCCAAUAUCCGAACACUGCGCUUCGACGGAGAGAGCUCGACCAACCCCAUUCUUCUACACUCCAAUCUUCACAACUGGAAAGCAGUGGUGAAGGAGAUGAGUGUCCGCACCUUCUGCGCCCCGGACAGUGCCAUUCGGAAACACAUGCACGACAUCCACAAGCUCCUCGACAUGCUCGGUGCGGACGAUGCUACCUUACUUGCUUUCGAAGAGCUUCAGAUGAGCACAUUGGCCUUGAUGAGGCAACGUCGACAGACGAACUAUCAUCUUGAGCGAAGCAACAGCACCUUCUCAGGCUCCAGCAGCGGACCCACAGAAAGUAGUCGGCUCAUGCACUAA